AAUGUUUCUGCUGAGAGCAAAUUCUGGCUGCUAGUUAGCCGUGGGGUUUGUAAUCGUAUACUAGUUUGUUUACUCGCGGGUUAUACUCUUCUCCUCUCUUCAUAUAUCUGACAAUUUUGAACGUAUAUUGUGUUUCCCCAGAGGUAGAUGAAGUUUUUACUAUGUCACGGAUGCAAAAAAAGGAAGUGGAAAAUGUUAAUCCUAGACGAAAGCAUACAAUUAUGUCAUCCGAAGAGGCAGGAAGUGGGAAAAAGUCUAAUUGGACUGAAAUGGAGAUAACAGGUACUAUUCGUAAUCUGAGCUCACGUUUGUGGGAUUGGACUCAUUUGACCAGUUUGUACCUGAAUGACAAUUGUCUGAGUCGGCUACCUCCAGACAUUGGAAAACUUGUCAAUCUUCGUGUACUUGAUUUGUCUUGUAAUAAACUUCGUUCCCUACCAGCUGAACUUGGGGAACUCAUCUACCUCAGGGAACUGUUAUUGAAUAACAAUUUGUUACGUUCUCUUCCUUAUGAGUUGGGAAAGCUGUUCCAGCUGCAAAUUCUUGGGCUGGCCGGAAAUCCCCUUUCGAAGGAAUGUCUCAAGAUGUACAACGAGCCUAAUGGGACCAGCAAGCUGAUUACUUAUCUACUAGACAGCUUACAAGGAGCCAGCUUUCUUCUCCCUCUCAAAGGUAUCGAAAUCCCGAAAAAUCUCAAGCUAAGUGUGUACAACGCUAUGAAGCCAGUUCUAUUAUAUGGCUGUGAGGCCUGUACACUAACCAGCACCCUAGAAAAUCUUGAAAGAUGUGACAGGAAAAUCCUCUGCACGGUAACCGAAGCGAUCUGGGAUCAGAGUACUAACAGAGAACAGAGGGAGAAGAAAGACCAAUAA